AUGCUCGCACCACCAGGACAGGGUGAAAUUAACUCAGAUACGGUUUCCGAUGUGGACUCCUCACCGGUCCCCAAAGGCAACAUAAAACACCUCCUAUUGGAUAUCCGUAAAGUCUGGAAGUCAGACCUCAAAGAAGCCCAAUCGGAGAUAUGGAAACUCUGCAAGAAACUCACGGUGGUGGAAACCAAAGACCAAACUUGGGAGAAGUAA